AUGGACUGUCCUUCCACUACCUCCAAAUCCCCCUCCUCUGAGUCCUCUGAGUCCUCUCCCUAUUUCGACUCCCUCCUCCGGCGCCGCCAACAAAAGAAGAUGAGCAUCACACAAACAUACUACCUCGCCCACACCGCCCGCAAGAAGCUCACUCGUGAAGCUUCGCGGGCUGACCACAAUCUGCGCCUGCUCGUCGGCCACGCCAACCUCCUCGAUUCACUGAUGUUCGACCUCGCCGACGCCGAGCGUGAACAAGAACGUUGGUUCAACCAGACCGUCAAGGGAGCCACCAAGGCUUCCUCGUCCUCCCGCCAACACAUUCAAUGGGCCUCCACCGUGGUCGAAGAGCCCGAGGAAGACUGGGACGCGGAGGAUGCGUCCGACAUGGACUCCGACCUCAGUGACAGCGACGACUCCGACUUCGACGAGUCCGACUUCGUCAUCAACACUCCCGUCCGCCGCCGCUCUCCCUCACCCGUGGCUCCCCACCACGAGAAUGACCUGCUAGAGGAAGACGAGGGCGAAGACACAGAUUCCGACUUUGAAUACGACGAUGAGGAAGACCUUGACGAGCUGAGCUUGACUCGCUCACCGUCGCGCCAGUCCCCGCCCGAGCUACUCUCUGAUUCAGACGGCGAAUCUGAAGACGAAGCAACGCCGCCAUCUCCACCUCAGCCUACGCUGGAGGCGUUCAAUGAAAAAGAGCCUACUACCACGGCGAUUGCCUUGGCAGGCUCUGACCAACCCCAUCUCUUUGAGCCAGGGUAUUUUGAUACACGAGAGCAGAGCAUCAUCGAGGCUUAUUGA